AUGGCCGAACCAUCAGAUAUUAUAACACUUCCACGGCCUUCGGUUACGAAAUCUGAUCUCAAAUAUGCCGAGACUUUUGUUGUAGACUUGAGCUUGGACGAUGGUAAUGAAGGUACCCAAAGUCUAGUUGAAGUUAUAAAAAAGUCAGCAACGGAUGGCAUUUUUCAUCUUGUCAAUCAUGGGAUCCCUAUGGAAUUGUUGGAGCUGCAGCGAGAUGUUGCCUAUACUUAUUACGAAACGACGUCACUGGAGCAAAAGGACGCAGACACAACCAAAAAUGAGAGUGGCUUCUUCGAAGGUUACAAGCUACGAACACCUGAAGAAAAAGAGGGUGGUUUAGUACCAACGAUUGAGGAGUACAACUACGAUUAUUACGCUACUGGCAAGGUACGACGCCCUCCAAUUAUGGAGAAGUAUGAAGAUAAGAUUGGCGCAGUAUACAAGCUCUACCACGAGUCCCUGAUCCCAAAGGUGAUGAGGCUUUUGUCCUUGACCUGCGGCAAAGAGCCCGAUUACUUCUAUAAAAUGCACGAUUCUAGUCAACCAAAUUCUGAAAUCGGCCAUUAUCUACGAUAUCACACCAACUGGGAGAGAGACAAUGAUAAAAAACGGGCUUCUUACGCAGGUCACACAGAUAUAGGAUCUGUAACCUUUCUAUAUUGCAAUCCUAUCGCCUGCCUCCAGGUAUAUAGCGUGGACGGUUGGCGCUAUGUCCCAUACGUGGAGAACAGCCUUAUUGUCAAUAUCGGGGAUUGUCUUGAAUCUUUGACAGGAGGCAAAUUUCCAGCCGCCCUUCAUCGGUUGGUCAAAUUUCAGCCGGAUCAGUACGAUUAUAACAGAAUUGCGCUUGUGUAUUUUGUUCACCCGCACGACAACAUCAUCCGCGAGCACCUCAGACUAGAGCAAGAACGCCGAAAGGCUCUAGAGGGGACAAAUAAAAUGAGCGGCCAGGAAGUCAAUAGACUGAUCAUGGCCCUCUCCGCUGACAACGACGACGAAUAUGCCAAGAUUGUUGACAGCAAUACAUGGCUUCGAUCUAAAUCUGGGGAAUUAGUGGAUGCGCCUGAAGAACUUGUCUUCGAUUAUGAAGCAAGAACAAUUCGGCGAAGAGAAAACGCGGAUGACGACUUUGUCAAAAUCAUCAGCGGAGCUGCCCCUGCCUCGAGCGUAUCGGGAGCGAGUGCUGAGAGAUUCUCUGAAGAGCAGUGGCGCACUAUUAAGGCCAUUGCCAGAGUAAUAGCCAAAGAGAAAGUGACUUUUACUGAUGAGGACUGGAAGAACGCCUUGGAGGCUGUUAACAAUGGACUGAACGGAGGUGGUGUACAAGCAGUACAAGGGGUUCGUACACUCAAUGACUCCCAAGUUGGCGUUUUGAAACUGGCAUUGGGUGAUCUUUUGGGUAAUAAUAGCACUGGCCCAACUGCUAUUGCAGCUUAG